GAUCAGCCGUGUGCAAUCAUAGUAUACUCUUGGCAGGACUAGAGUUUGCUCAUUUAUAGCCAUCAUGUUGCUCGGAGUGUUGUUUCUUCUGUUCCUGACCAGCCAGGAGGCCUGGGGUUUCUGGGAGGAUGGGAGCAAGGAUCCUACCUCCUCACACUUGGGUUUCUACCAGAAGAACUUAACAUGCAACGACGCCGGAACUACUUGUCAGCUUUGCUACACUGCGCAUGUCAACGGAAGAGCUUAUCCACAUAUUAUCGAAUAUACUACCGAACCCUAUAAGUUGGAACACACCAGCCUCGCUGGAAGUUAUGAUGGCAAAUACUCCGUCAUUCAAGACGAUCCGACACAGACGUUCCGAUUGUGCUCCGAGCUCCAAACAGAGCAUUCUCACAUGAGAGACAUGAAGUUUGAGCUUUGCCUGGAAACUCGAUUUUCUCGAGGUGGAAUGGUGCCGGAGACCUGUGCCUCACCCAUCGCUGUGGUCUCCCUGCAGGUUAAUGAUGGAGACAAGAAGAUGAGGGGCCAACAGGUGUUAGUGUGUAAACCUUAGCAGUCAGGGGCGGUACUGUAAAGGGAGUUUGGAGUUUGCCACCCCCCACCCCCGCCUCCCCCAUUACCACAUCACCCAAUGCUUACAUAACCACAAAUAUUGUCAUACUGUAUACAAAUAAAUGUCAGGAUUAGCGUCGGAUGAUGUCCAGCCAAGGCCCUGCUGGCCUGGCUGUAUGUUCUUGUUCCAUCUUGUUCAUGUCGAAUUUUCCUUGCACAUUAUUUUGCCAAGAAGCCUUUACGUAACUUGUAGGAUGCUCAUCGGGCCUGUUAUCCCGUGUUAAUUAUGCCAGAUACUAAGUAUAUUUGUGACGUUCCAUAUCACAAUGUGGAAUAACCCACCACCUUUAACUUUUUAAGUUACAUACAUCAUGUUAAAGCGCAAAUAUUUGUUUAUUCCAAAGAUAUGCCACAGGA